UUGCAUCCUUAUCGCUGCUACUGAGAGCGGGCGAAUUUGUGACGUAAGGCGCCAGUCGCGCGGCCUUCGUGCGUUACGCGCAAACGUGCUUGCGUAAGAUCGCGGCGUAGCGUCCCUCCUUGCCCCUCCGAAUGAAAGGGAAGGUCCCAGCGAGCGAGUGCCUUUGAAGCGAGCGGCAAUAGCGGCGGCUCCGGCUCCCCUUGCGGGGGCUGUUUUCCCUCCUCUCCCCCCCACGUCUGGCCCGAAAAAAGAGGAUUCUGCUCUCCCCCCUCACAUGUGGAGCACCCUCCUUGAUAUGACAAAAGGCCCUUCUAAUUCAGUAUCUUGGUGUUCAGAGGUACAUUGUUUCUGAACGUGAGUGUCCUGUUUAGCUAUCAAAGCAGCCAUAAGGAUUGAAGUGGUGUUCCUCCGGCGAUUUAAAAAAAAAAUCAUGUCAGCCUCAGUUGGACAGAAAAAAGGGUCUGGGAGACAGCGCAAGUGUGGCUUCUGUAGAUCCAAUAAAGAUAAUGAAUGUGGGCAGCUGCUGAUGUCUGAAAACCAGAAGGUGGCAGCACACCACAAAUGUAUGCUGUUCUCGUCUGCCUUGGUAUCUUCACAAUCUGAUAAUGAGAGUCUUGGAGGCUUUUCCAUUGAAGAUGUGCAAAAAGAAAUAAAGAGAGGUACCAAGCUGAUGUGCUCAUUGUGCCAUUGUCCAGGGGCAACCAUUGGCUGCGAUGUAAAAACCUGCCACAAGACCUAUCACUACUUCUGUGCAUUGCAUGAUAAAGCUCAGAUUCGAGAAAAACCUUCCCAAGGCAUUUACAUGAUAUUGUGUCGAAAACAUAAGAAAACAGCCCACAACUCAGAAGCAGAUUUAGGCGAAGGCCUUAAUGAACAUGAAUUGGAACCAUCACCUCCCAAAAAAAGGGGGCGUAAAGGAAGGCCCAGAAAAAUGAGUCUCAAAGGGCAGUCAGAAGACACUCGAUCGACAUCUUCACAUGGCACAGAUGACAUAGAAAGCAGCUCUUAUAGAGACAGAUCACCCCACAGAAGCAGUCCCAAUGAUACAAAACCUAAAUGUGGAUUCUGUCAUGCAGGUGAAGAAGAAAAUGAAGCUAGAGGGAAGCUUCAUAUAUUCAAUGCCAAAAAGGCAGCUGCACAUUAUAAGUGCAUGUUGUUUUCUUCUGGCACUGUACAGCUGACAACAACAUCAAGGGCAGAGUUUGGUGACUUUGAUAUUAAAACUGUGCUUCAGGAAAUCAAGCGAGGGAAGCGAAUGAAGUGCACACUCUGUAGUCAGUCUGGCGCAACUAUUGGAUGUGAAAUCAAAGCUUGUAUCAAGACUUACCAUUACCACUGUGGAGUGCAAGACAAAGCAAAAUACAUUGAGAAUAUGUCUCGAGGAAUUUACAAGCUUUACUGUAAAAACCAUAGUGGGAAUGAUGAAAGAGAUGAAGAGGAUGAAGAGAGAGAGAGCAAAAGCCGUGAAAAGUCUGUAGCUGACUACAGUGGAGUUCCUCAGCAGCAGCAGCUCAAUGGAAACUAGGUUCAAGGGACAGAGUAAAACUGGGAAUGAAUAAAACAUCCAUAACUGCUAAUCUUUUUAGAAAAAUGCUUUAUAAGGUCAGAGAAGGGUUAGUAACUUUUUUACCCUGCCCAACUAUUAGAAAAUGUCAUUGAACUGCCUGAAACGUUCAUGUGUGUGAGCCUUCAAUCAGCGGCAGAGUUUCUUCAUGUCAAUAUAACGUAGUUAGUUGUCUGCAGUGUCUGGAGAAAAAAAAAAUUCCUGAAAUGCUAUAUAAAUGAUAUGUAAUGUGUACAGUGUCAAAGCUGAGGCAGAUGUGGAAAUAGUAAAUUCUCUUUUCUAGACUGAAUAAGAAGUUUGGGAUAUGUAAAUUCAGUGGAUUUGUGUACCACGGGAAGGUCGUAUGUUUAAUUUACAAAGUGGACAUGCCUGUGUGAUGGCAGCAAGUUGGUGAACAUGUGCAUUUUUGUGUUGACCUUCGCACACAAACCAUGGCGGUGAGCUAGGAGGGAAAGCGGUGUCCCCCCUCCUUUUUUAAUGGCAGAAGCAUCCAGUCAAGAAAAGAAUUCUGCAGCUUCAGAAGUAUGAUUGAACCAUGUGCUACGACAACGGGUUCUACCCCUAGCAUUCCUGACUGGAGACCUCUUGAUCAGCUGUUGACUAUGAGCUGUGAGCGUCAGUACUCAUGCCAAAGGGCUGUAGUUCAUUCUCUUGACCCUAACCAUCCUCCUUGGCCUUUUCCCUGCUUUACCUAGAGCCUGUGGCAUUUUGCAUCUGAAAAUGAGAAUGGUUAUGUCUGGAAGCAACAACACCCCCUCCCCCUUCACAUCACUUCUUACAUUUUAAAGUUACUGCUCAAAUCUCACUACGGAAGUUAGCCACCUUAUUGGACAUCAUACCUCAAGUGCUCUGUGCUGCGUGAAACACAUCUUGUUUUGUCCCAAAUAUAUAUAUAUGUGUGUGUGUAUUUAUAUAUAUUUAUAUAUUUAUAUAUAUAUAUACACACACGCAUACACAGACAGAUCCUGUAUGCUGUAAGAAGAAUGCAGAAUAAGACUUUGGAUUUUCUUUGCUUUUUGGUUUUUACAAACAAAAAGGUCAGUAUUUAUUUUAAGUCUUGUGACCACUAUAGGAGAAUGUUUUAGUAUUUGAUUAUAGUUUCCUGGCAGAUCAAGUUGAAUGCUGUUAAAAAUCUGAGUUCUCUACUGGAGUCUGAUUAGCUUGACAUUAUGCCAACUUUAAACAUCCUUGUUAUGAUGUCAUAAAAUCCUGGUAUUUCUUACCUCUAGUUGUUUUUCCCAUUGGUCUUGUAAAAACCUAUUGUUUAUAAACACAACCAAAAAGUCAUACUAGUUAGCAAGCUAGCAAAACUCACUUCAGAUUUUAUCAUCUUUUGAAACCACCUAAAUGUAAGGCAGCACAGCAAAUGAAAACAACAGCGACAGUUUGACAGAAGAGUGACAGAUGCUCACUUGCAAUCGACACUGCAAAAGAUUUUCAUGACCUGGUCUGUGUUUUUGAAACCUUGUUUAAUUUUGUGGGAUUUUUGUUUUUAACCUUUUAUUGUCCUUUUUUUGUAAUUCAUUUCAUUAUUGUUUCAAGGGACUCAACUGUUGUAUAAUAGAACUUCAAAGACUCUCAAGCUGGAAUUCAAUCCAUUUGGUUUGAAAAUUUCCUGGAAGAGUUCAGAUUUAGCAGAAAGGUUGUCUAUAAAAAAUAAAUCUGUUAACUGCUCUUAUGCCAUUGACCAAUUUUUUUUUUAAUUUUGUAUUGUAAUGGUCAAGAUUAAAGACGCAACUUGUGCUGAAAUAGAUUUUUACCAGGGUGUGCGCUCUUUCAAAAGCAUGAGUUGUUUUGGGUUUUUUAAAAAAAGUCAUGUAAUUGUUUCAGAAUACAAACAUCUCUCUUACUAUAUUAGAUCAGUGUUGGUUUUUUAUUCUUGUCAUGUCACUUUUUUGAAAGUUCUGGCCAAGUUGUAACAUGUUCAAAAUAAACAAGAUAAAUGCCAACAAAAUUCUAAACCAUUAAAAAAAAGCUUACUGCCAGUAUGUUUAAACUUAACUUAUUACAGAAUUUUUUGAAGGUACCAGGGUUCUGAGCCACUAAGAUGUUCAGCCUGUCCACUCUUGUCAUUUGAGUGCAAAAAGUAUACAAGGCUGCCCAGGUUAAGUUCUGUGAUCCCUUUGGAAAUAAGAAAAAAGGCUGCAAUGCCUCAGGUUUCCCUCCCCCCUAAUUUUCCUUCUCUAGAACAUAGGCACUUCUUGUUAGCAACACCUCACCCUCCUUCUUCCUUGCUAGAAGGUGCAUAUCACCCACCAAAGUUUGCUUAAAAAUUUGCUUAAAAAAACAACUUGAUCCUCUGUCUUGCCAUUGGCUACCACAAGAGCAUGUAUUUGGCUCUGUAGGUACCUUGUAUGACAUUUUGAUGACUCUUGAAAAUAGUAUCAAAUUGCAGUGAUCUAAAGUUGACCAUGGUGUUUGCUGUAAGUGUAACUGUGCAAUCCUAGACAAAGGAUUUUUAAGUCCACUGAAAUUAGUGAGCUUAAGUGUAACUUUUCUUAGGAUUGCACUAUGUAUGUGUCAUAAGUUGUGUUGGCAGGUGUACUAGUUCCAAGUGCCUUAAAAUGUACAAACCCGCAUGUUCACACAGCGUUACCCACAGGGCGGCCAUAGCCGCGGGGUUAAGACUUAAGAGUCUCCUGCAGUGUAUGUGUUGCUUGGCACAAAGGAAGCUGUCUAAAACUGCAUGUAGUUGGUCUGUGUGUGCUAUCUUAUAACUUUGUCUUUUUGGUAUAGCCCUCCUCCCCAACCAAUAUAUCAUGAAUUCUUUAAUAUUUUAUGAUCUUGACAUUAAAAUGUAGCAUCUAA